GUUAACAUUCUGUCACACACUGUCUUUCACAGAGUUUCACUGACGCUGUCGAGAUCAGGAGCAACUUUGCACUCGUUUUCUUUUUUACAGUCGACAUUUGGAUUUAAACUUAUUAAGAGGAAAUGUCCCAUCCCAGCACUCUGGAUUUAGACAGAUACAGCAGCCUGGACAAAUCCCGGCGCUCAACAAGUCGCAACCAGACCAGAGUACGGAGUACAGAGUCCCAGGCCAAGUCUGGAGAUGUCCUGUGUGACUUCUGCACAACGAGGAAGCAGAAGGCAGAGAAGUCCUGCCUGCUUUGCCUGGCAUCCUACUGUGAGACCCAUCUCCAGUCUCACUAUGAGUACCCUGCUCUGAUGAAACACAAACUGGUCAAAGCUACAGGCCAGAUGAGGGAGAAAGUCUGCGCCCAGCACGACAAGCUGCUGGAGGCCUUUUGUCGCACUGAUCAGACAUCGGUGUGUGUGUUGUGUAUGAUGGAUGAGCAUAAGCACCAUGACAUUGUCCCAGCUGGAACAGAGAGGACAGAAAAACAGAAACAACUUGGUGUUACGCUGCACAAAUCUCAACAAAGGAUUGACCAGAGGGUUAAAAAAUGGCAGGAUCUAUAUCAAGCUGUGGAAUCAGUCAAGCACUCUGCUCAAAUGGCCCUGGAAGAGAAUGAACGGAUCUUCACUGAGCUGCUGCUCUCCAUUGAGAGAAAGUACAAUGAAGUCAAAGAGAUGAUUCGCUCCCAUGAGAAAAGCACAGUGACGCGUGCUGACAUACUGUUGAAUCGAUUAGAGGAGGAGAUCACCCUUUUAAGAAAGAGGCACAAUGACCUGGACAAGCUUUCACACACUGACGAUCACAUACACUUUCUACAGAGCUGGCAGUCCCUGUCUGGUCCAUCAGGAUAUGAAGACCUCAACAACAUCAGCGUCGUCCCUUAUUACUCCUUUGAUGCCACCAAAAGGGCUGUUGCUGCACUGAAAUUACAAGUAGAAGAAGUCAGCAAAGCAGAAAUGAGUAAAAUCUCAGCAUCAGUGAAAGAUGUCCACAUCACACAGGACGCAAGUGAACCAAAGUCAAGGAGAGAGUCCAUUGUGAGGGAUGAACAAAGGACAAGGGAAGAACCGAGCCUAAGAGAAGAACCAAAAACAAGACAGGAUUUCCUGAGAUACUCUUCCCAGCUGACUCUGGACAUCAACAGCGUCCAUCCAAACCUUUAUCUGUCAGAGGGGAACCGGACAGCUACAAUGAAGAGCGAACCCAAGAAUUACCCCGAACACCCAGAGCGCUUCGACCACUGGCAGCAGGUGCUAUGCAGGGAGAACCUGAUUGGGACCCGUUCCUACUGGGAGGUAGACUGGAGGGGAACUGAGGUUGACGUGGCUGUUACCUACAGGGGGAUUCGCCGCAAAGGAGAUGGAAACGACUGCAGUCUGGGCUGGAAUGACAAGUCCUGGAGCCUGUACUGCUCCGACUCCAAAUUCUCCUUUGUGCACAAUAAUAAAAGUAAAGACUUACCGGCUCCAGACACGUCUCGUAUCGGAGUCUACCUGGAUUAUAAUGCAGGAAUACUUGCCUUUUACAGUGUGUCUGAUGGUAACAUGCAGCUUCUGCACAGAGUCCAGACUGUCUUUAAAGAGCCGCUUUAUCCUGCAUUCAGUGUGUGGGGCUUUGGGACCACUAUAAGACUGUAGGAGACUCUCAAACAGCAUCAGAGUGACUAAAUCAUCUCAUACUGAUGUCAUGAUAAUGUCAUGCCAAAUACUUUUUGGUUGAAAUUGUGUCACAUACAAACUCUUUUAGAAACACACACAACAAUAACAGUUGUCAUGUCUUAUCUCUUGUAUUCUGCUUUAUUGUGUUUAUGCACAUUACUACAUAUUUUAUUGCCAAGAUUGGAAUAAUAAGUUAUCUUGAUAUUCUUUAUUGGAGUAUUCAUUUAUAAAUACUGUGUUGGGGAGUAAUAGAAUGCAUGUACAUUAUUUGAAAAACAUAGAACACUUUAUAUGACUAAUUGUAUAGUUAAAUUACAGUUUAGGAUGCUGAUGAGAAUAAAUUUCCCUGCUUAAAAUGAAUAGAUUCUUUUAAGGACUUUUUCUGCUUUAUUUGCCCUGAAACUUUGAUAUCAUUAAUUAAUAAUGUCCUAUAAGACCUGGAUUUAAAGCGUAGGACAAAAGUCUAUCUCCAUUAUAGUAGUGUAUGUACACUGGUGAACAGUAUGUUACUGCUAUUUAUAUUUGAUCUUUUUCAUCCAUUUCAUGCUAUGAAAUGGGAGAAAACAAAACUACUCUGUGGUGCAAGUUUUAUUAUUAGUAUUCUAACAACUGAAUGUACUUCAUGUCAGAAAGUACAAACUUAAUAUUACUAUGUAACUGCAAAUGAUCAUAGUUUGAUUUUCAUCUUUUCUCAUUGGUUUUGACUCUAACUUGACGCUGUAGAAAAUAAAAGGCCAAGAAAAGA